AUGAGCAGGCGUCGAGAGCGCCACCGGGACAUACAGAAAUACGACCCUGUUCGAGCGGCGAAUAUCACCGGAAUCGAUGAUGUUAUUCAUGAUCGUGCAGUGCUGCGCGCGUUGACCAGCCGCUACAAACUAAAAGGCGAGGUGUCAAGGCAUUCGCGAAAAACGUUGUUUGUUGGUCGUCUGAAUCCAGAGACGACCGAGUCUGAGUUGCGGGAGGCUUUUACCGAAUUUGGCCAGAUAAAAUAUCUGCGACUGGUGCGUGACAUUGUCACCGGCACGUCUAAGCGUUACGCGUUCGUCGAGUACAAGCAUCGGUCGGAUUUGGAGCGUGCCUACCAGAAAGCGCAUUUGACAAUGCUGAAGGGCUACCAGAUCAUUGUCGACUACGAGGCCGAAAGAACCUUAGCUGGAUGGGUGCCUCGACGGCUCGGAGGCGGCUGGGGCGGUAGGAAACAAUCGGGCCAGAUGAGGUUUGGUUGUCGCUGCAAUCCGUUUCGAACGCCGAAGAAAAGGCUGCAUUGA